AUGGGAUGUAACCCCCACAACAGCUCAGAGUUGCCUCCUUUCACCCUGACAGGGCUCCCAGGGCUGGAGACCUCCCAACACUGGAUAUUUCUGCUCCUUGGUGCUCUCUACAUUGUCUCCAUUGUGGGCAAUGCCCUUAUCCUUUUCAUUAUCAAGGAGGAACAGAGCUUGCAUCAGCCUAUAUACUACUUCCUGUUGCUAUCAGUUAAUGACCUAGGUGUGUCUUUUUCCACACUGCCCACAGUGCUGGCCACAUUUUGCUUCCACUUAAGGAAGAUCAGCUUUGAUUCUUGCAUGGUUCAAAUGUUCUUUAUCCACCUCUUCUCCUUCGUGGAGUCUGGGAUCCUGCUGGUUAUGAGCUUUGACCGCUAUGUGGCCAUCUGUAAGCCGCUGCGCUAUGCCACAGUUCUCACUGAUGCCCAUGUGGCACGUAUGGGCAUAUCUGUUAUCAUCCGCAGUUUCUGCAUGGUUUUCCCACUGCCUUUGCUUCUGAAGAGGCUGCCCUUCUGCAAGGCCAAUGUACUCUCCCAUGCUUAUUGCCUGCAUCCAGAUCUGAUCCGCCUGCCAUGUGGCAACAUCACAAUCAAUAAUAUUUUUGGUCUAUUCAUUGUCAUCUCUAUCUUUGGCCUGGACUCUGCACUCAUUCUCCUCUCCUAUGUACUCAUACUGUGCUCUGUACUUGCCAUUGCAUCUCGGGAGGAACGGUUAAAGACACUCAACACAUGCGUGUCACACACGUGUGCCGUGCUUGUCUUCUAUGUGCCCAUGGUUUGUGUGUCCAUGGCUGCUCGCUAUGGGAGACAUAGCGCACAGUAUGUGCACACAGUCAUGUCCCUUAUUUAUCUCUUCGUGCCUUCAAUGCUCAAUCCUGUCAUCUAUUGCAUCAAAACCAAAGAGAUUCGUCGGAGGCUUUGCAACGUACUACUGAAAACAAACUUUUAAGCAGGAAUCAUGUUGAAAGGCCAAGAUUCAGAGGAUAUUUACUGUUACUCCACCAAUUUGAGACCUAUUUUGACAAGGCUUUUUAAAUUUCCUUU